ACACCCACUCCUUCUUCCUAUAUUCUAUUCAUAACUCUCAUCAUUCAUUCAUUCAUUCGUCAUUCAUCUUCCAUCAUCCAUCCACUUUCCUCAAUCUUCCAUUCCAGAUCUCUCACCUUCUUCUUCUUCCUCUGUGCCACCCUUUUGUUCCAUGAUUGUUUUUUGUGUCUGUAUCAGCUUGAUCUUUUUGUUUUUUUCCUUGUUGUAAAAACAUUUCAAUCUGCAAGGUAUGUACUGGGUUCUUGUUUGAAUUGUUCUUCCAUCUUUUCAUGCCACAAAGUAUUUGAAUUUUUAGAUUGUAGUGUCUGAUUUGCGUUGCAGUUUUCCAUUUCCUCCUCUUCCGACCAUCAAAACGCAUGUCCCUGAACAUCAAGAUAGCUUUUUUGUUGUCAUGUUCUGUUCUGUAUCUCAGCAUUUAAUUAGUUUUAUUAAUCUGAGUGAAAUUUUUUUAGUGCUUUCAUAUUUAUAAAUUUAUAUUAUAUAUCUCUUAAGAAUUGAGAUAUUCAUCUUGUUAUUUUGCAUACAUGUUAGUUUUGAUUACUCAUCUUGUCUUGGUAAUUCGUCAGAUGCGAUCAAAAUUUUAAUGAACAGUCGUCAGAUUUAUUUGGGAAGUCUAUGGCUUCUAUUUCCAUUUCCAUGCAUCACUGCUUACCAAAAAAAAAAUUAAAAAUGGGAAAAAAAUAACAUAUAUACCCAUUUAUGGAGAUUCUAUACAUUUUCUUUGUCACUUUUCAAAUUAUUCGACUGAUUUAGGCAAAACUCAAUCAUUUUUUUUCUGGGGAAAUCAUUAUACCAUUUUAUUACUUCUAUUUUUUUGUUUUAUUUUAUCUUUGUUAAAACUAGUUAUAUAACUUGUGCUGCACUUGCCCAAAUAUGGUUCUGCAUAAGAAUGACUUUCCUAGAUACUUUAUGUGAUUGUUUAAAGUGAAUAUUAGGAAACAGUUCAGAGAUAUUGUUGUUGGAGCUCAAUGUAUCUGCUCUGUGAGCGAUCCAUGUUUGGGGUUAAAACAAAUUUUAUGCUGGCUGUCAAGGGCUUAACAUAACUGUUCUCCUUUAUUUGGGUUUGAGACUAGCUAUGAGACUGUAGGUGGAGUGAAGAUGAAUGUGUGUCCACAAAAGAAAGGAUAAGAUACGAAAUGAUAGUAUCAAGGAGAUAUUCACAUGACAGUUAUUGAGGAAAAGAAGAUCGCAACUCAAUUAAUGUGAUUUGGACACGUGCAAAGAAGUCCACUCGAGGCAUUGGGGAGGAGAGUAGAUGACACGGUUUUUAGCCUUUUGUGAAGUGGUAAAGAGAGAUCUAAAAGGACAUUGGACAAAAUUAUUGAAAGGGAUUUCAUGAUAAUUAUUGGCAGCUUCACUAAUAUCUUUUAAGACUACAUACUUUAGCUAGGCAAUCACAUUUCUUGGGAUAAUGUUGGGAGGCAACAACGGAAAUUGCUUGCUUCCUGUUUUCUUGGACGAAACUCAAUUUCAGCAUCAAACUAAUGUGUCAAAUCAAUUGCAGUUGUUUGGAAAUUUACAAGCUGGAUGUAGUGUUGACCCAGUUAAUUACUUUGGAAAUGAGCAUAUCAGCUCCAUGAUUCAGCCUAAUAAACGAAGCAAGGAAAUGGAAGAUAUAUCAAAACAAAGGCUUCAGAUUUCCUUAAACUACAAUGUUCAUCAAGAUGAUGCUGAACGAUUAGCAAGUAUUCCAAAUCCUAACCCCGUGUCAACAGGAUUGAGGCUUUCAUAUGAUGAUGAUGAGCGUAACUCAUCUGUUACUUCUGCAAGUGGAAGCAUGGCUGCCACACCGUCUAUCAUAUUGUCUCUUGGUGACAAUAUCAGAACUGAGCUUGAUAGGCAGCAAGAAGAGUUGGACCAGUAUGUUAAACUUCAGAAGGAACAACUGUCAAAGGGAGUGAGAGACAUGAAGCAAAAGCACAUGGCUGCUCUCCUUACCUCCAUUGAGAAAGGUAUUAGCACGAAGCUAAAGGAAAAAGACGUGGAGAUAGAAAACAUGAACCGAAAAAAUAGGGAGCUGGCUGAAAGAAUAAAGCAGGUGGCUGUUGAAGUGCAAAGCUGGCAUUACAGAGCAAAGUAUAAUGAGUCAAUUGUCAAUACUUUAAGGAACAACCUUCAGCAGGCAAUCUCACAAGGAGCUGAACAGGGGAAGGAAGGGUUUGGAGACAGUGAAGUUGAUGAUGAUGCCUCAUAUAUAGAUCCUAAUAACUUCCUGAACAUUCUGGCUGCGCCUAUAAACUCUACUCACAAGAGCUACCAAGAUAUGGAGAAUCUGACUUGUAGAGCAUGCAAGGUGAAGACAGUUUCGAUGUUGUUGAUGCCUUGUAGGCACCUGUGCUUGUGUAAGGAUUGUGAGGGAUUUAUCAAUGUUUGUCCUAUAUGCCAAUUGAUAAAAACUGCAAGUGUUGAGGUGCAUCUGUCUUAACUUACAAAGAACGGGAUAUAAGUCACUGUUUUCUUUGUGAUUUAUCUGCCUAAUUUCUUAAUGUUCAGCUCAAAGUAAUUUGUCUCUAUAACAAAAAUCGACUAUAUCUAAGGAUAUUAUUAUGUCCUCUUUCUCAGUGACUUUUACCUGAUUAUUGAUGAUGACAUUCAUAUUAUUACUAUCAUGAUGAAAUAGAGAAAUUGGGGAAUAUAAUGAGAAGUAUGAAAUGGAAUUUGUAUUGUUUCGGA